UUUGUUGUCAACGAUCUCUGCGUGAAAUCGACUGUCAUAACAAUAUCUCUUUCAUUUAGUACAUUAAAAAAGCUAAGAACUAUUUUAUAUAAAACACGAAGUGCUUCGAGUCUCAGAGUCAUGCUGACUAUAGGACGAUUUCUCAGAUCGACGGCCUCGUCGUACUUAAAGAAACCAAUCGAAUCAAAACGAGCGUUGACUGUCAUAGUUAAAACAGAGGAUGGUAAAAUCAAAGGACAUGCUCUAAAAAACGUUGAUAAGGAUGUUGAAUACUUUUCACUUCGGGGUAUUCCGUACGCCGAGCCCCCGAUCAACGAUCUUCGAUUUAAGGAUCCAAUUCCUAAAAAAAAGUGGACCACCAACAUUCGAGAUACCGUAGAUGAAAGUAAUAUGUCGCUGCAAUACGAACCUUUGAUUGGUAAAGUUAAAGGUAAAGAAGACUGUUUGUAUCUCGACAUCGCAACAAGUGAAAUGCACAACUGCAAUAAGCCCGUUAUGGUAUGGUUUCACGGAGGAGCUUUUAAAAUGAGUUCAAACACGCCGAAAAUAUUCGGGCCAGAUUAUUUAAUAAAACACAAUAUCGUUUUCGUCAGCAUUAAUUACAGACUUGGGCUAAUGGGCUUUUUAAAUAUGGACCACGAAGAAUGUUGUGGUAAUAUGGGUCUGAAAGAUCAAAUACUUGCCUUGAAAUGGAUUCAACAAAAUAUUCAAUAUUUCGGUGGAGACUCGAAUAACGUCACAGUUUUUGGUCAGAGUGCAGGUGGAGCAUCAAUACAUGCUUUGUGUUUAUCAUCAGAAGCAAAAGGUCUCUUCCAUAAAGCUAUCAUUCAAAGUGGUGCAUUGACAAAUCCAUGGGCUCAUAUAAAAUCAAACAAAAAGUGGGGAUACGCCUUAGCUAAUUCCUUCGGUCAUAAAUGUGAUACUGAUUUGGAUGUAAUAAAAAAUUUAAAAAAAUUACCAGCUAAGGAUUUAGUUAAGAAGUAUGAAGAUUUAUGUGACAACGAACUUGCAAAGGUUCAACUAUCACUGGUUCCCAGUCAAGAUGCCAAGAGCAAGAAUCCCAUUUUGCCAGGACCCAUCAGAGAGCUAGCAGAAAAAGGCAUCAAUGUACCGUUAAUUAUCGGUUACAAUUCGCAUGAAGGCAUCGUUAGAUUUCUCGGUGACACUUCAAAAAUGUAUGACGAGUUGGACAAAAAUUUCAACGAACUUUUGGCCAGCCAUCUACGAAUUGACAACUGUGAAAAAUUGACUGAAUUCACGGAGCCAAUAAAAAGACAUUAUUUCGGUGAUGAUAAAAUUACUAAAGUUAAAUUCAAUGAAGCCGCGCAGUUUUUCGGUGAUCUGCUAUUUAUCAUGGAAGUCAUAGGAGUGGCUAAGAUUCAACAACAUAAAGAUGUUCCAACUUACCUUUACAAAUUCUCCUACAGGCCUGAUCUUCCAGGAGUUAAGGAAAAAUUCGGGAUAAAAAUUAAAGGAACAUGCCAUGGGGAUGAAUUGGAUUUCUUGUUUCAUGCUGAAGCGAGAAAGAAAAAAAUAUCUGCAGGUACGCGGGAUCGUACAACGAUGGAAAGAAUGACAACAAUGUGGACUAAUUUUGCUAAAUUUGGGAAUCCAACACCUGAAAAAAAUGAGCUUUUGAAUGAGUCUUGGUUGCCAGUAACCAAGAAAAAAUUGAAUUGUCUUAAUAUUUCUGAUGAAUUGACUUGCAGUGAAAAUAAUGAUUUGAGAACAUAUGAAAUAUGGAAACCUUUAUUGUCGCUGUCGCAAUAAUUUGCAUUUAGUGGAUGGACGAUUAAGAAAAUAUCUGCACUUUAUAGCCAUGAUAUAACAUAAAACUAAAUUGAAGAUUUAUAAUUACUUUAAAAAAUAAUGAUUAAUAAAGAUUCUUUUUUU